UGUUUAAAUUGAAAUACAGUCGGUUGUUUUCAGGGGGAAAUAACCUCUAAAGGCUAAAAUGUUUAUCUCCUCCAGGAUUUCUUCAUCAUUGUUCCCCUGUGCACUUUUGGCCAAGGAAAGAUUUGCAACCUGCGCUGAGGAUCUUCGGGUAGAUGGCCGUGGCUGUGAAGACUAUAGAUGUAUUGAAGUGGAAACAGAUGUAGUAUCAAACACAAGUGGAUCUGCAAGAGUGAAGCUUGGACAUACGGACAUCCUGGUAGGAGUCAAAGCUGAAAUGGGAACACCGAAGUUGGAGAAUCCAAAUGAAGGCUACCUUGAAUUCUUUGUUGACUGUUCAGCAAAUGCCACUCCUGAAUUUGAAGGCCGGGGAGGAGAAGAGCUUGCCACAGAGAUAGUAAAUACGCUCUACAGAAUAUUUAGCAAUGAGAGCACCAUAGACGUGAAAUCCCUUUGUAUUAAUCCCAGAGAGCACUGCUGGGUUCUCUAUGUUGAUGUUUUGUUAUUGGAAUGUGGUGGCAACCUCUUCGAUGCAAUCUCUAUUGCAGUGAAGGCAGCUCUCUUUAAUACGAGGAUACCCAAAGUGCGUGUUUUGGAGGAUGAAGAAGGAUCAAAAGAGAUUGAGCUCUCUGAUGACCCUUAUGACUGUAUUCGACUUAACGUGGAGAAUGUACCCUGUAUCAUCACAUUAAGCAAAAUUGGUUGUAGGCAUGUAGUUGAUGCCACCCUUCAGGAAGAAGCUUGCUCUUUGGCCAGCCUGCUGCUUUCUGUGACCAGCAGAGGUACCCUUACGUGUAUGAAGAAAUUGGGGAAUGGUAGUCUUGAUCCAGAGAGUAUCUUUGAGAUGAUGGAGACAGGAAAACGGGUAGGCAAAAUGUUGCACACUUCCCUACAGAAGAUCUUAGACAAAGAAGAGAGUCUGGGGACAACACGACAGAAGGUUGGAUUCCUAGGCUGAGUUGUUUUAUCAAUGCAGAUGUACAUUUUCAAGUUAUUUUUCAAAGCAUGAUCUUGUCAGUUUGUAUGUGAAAUAAAGGAUAUUUUUGGUUUUAA